AUGCAACGCAUACUGAGCAGCCUCUGCUGCCUGUGCCUGCUCGCCUCUACGUCCGCCUUGACCCUCUCGGGCACGAUCGUCAGCGGCGCCCUGUUCAACAGCUCACAUGCUCUGAGCUACGAUACCGCCGUCUUGCUCGACUAUGGCGCAGCUGGCUCCACGCUCAUAAGGCGAGACGGCUCGUUCAGCUUACAAGACGUUGCGCCGGGACGAUACAUCAUCUCUGUUGACUCGCUCGACUUCACCUUCCCAGAAUACACCGUCGAAUUUGACGCACAAGCGAGCGCGCCGACGGUCAAGCAUCACACACUGACUCAUGUCUUGCCAUCCUCUUCGCCCUCUCUCGGGCACCCCAUCCAGUUUCAGGCUCAGAGCCGGCCUCAAUAUGUAGCGAUCAAGCAAGGCUUCAAUAUCAUCAAUCUGAUCAAGGGCAAUCCCAUGAUGCUCAUCAUGGGCGCAAGCGUGCUCAUGGUCCUCGGACUGCCCAAACUCAUGGAAAUGCUCGAUCCCGAAGCCCUGGCCGCCGUCCAGGCAGAUCAGGCCAAGAUGCACGGUCACCUCGCUGCCGCCCAGAACAUGGACUUUGCAGGCGGCCUGUCAAAACUGCUCAGUGGGGGCGAUGAGGCAGCCGAACAGACACAAACGAGAGCGAGCGCAAACGCUGCAUCUCGAGGCAAUGCUCGCUCGGUGAGCAGCAACAAUGCGAGGAAAAGGCGGUAG